AGAAUCCACAAGAAAUAUGAAUGCCCGGAAUGUGAAAAACCCUUCAAAAGAAUUGACCAUUUUCAAAGCCAUCUAAGAAUCCACUUGCGAGAAAAGAAAGGAGAAAAGAAAUAUGAAUGCCCGGAAUGUGGAAAAACCUUCAGAAGAAUUGACCAUUUUCAAAGCCAUCUAAGAAUCCACUCCGGAGAAAAGAAAUACGAAUGCACAGAGUGUAAAAAAUCCUUCAACUCAAAUGGAGAUCUUGAAAAGCAUCUAAGAAUCCACACAGGAGAAAAACCUUAUCAAUGCGUGGAAUGUGGAAAGAGCUUCGAAAAACCAUAUAAAUGCCUUGAGUGUGGAAAGUCCUUCAGUCAGAGCAGAAGCCUUUGUGCACAUCAAAGGAUCCACAUAGGAGAGAAACAGCAUAAACACUUGAGGUGUGGAAAGGGCUUCAAUGAGAGGAGAACAGACAGACGACUCAGCAAUCUCCAAAGAAUUUUCCAGGGAGAAAAGAAAUAUCAAUGCACAGAAUGUGAAAAAUCUUUCAAAACUAAUAGAGAUGAGAAAAAAUCAUAUAAAUGCCUUGAGUGUGGAAAGAGCUUUACCGACGGUUCACACCUUCAUCGACAUCAAAAGAUUCAGAAGGGGGGGAUGCUAAAUAUGCUUAAGUGUGGAAAGACCUUAAGUCAUGAUACAUGUCUAAGUAAUUGA